AUGCGAGGGGAUGUGCCAUUGCCGGUAUGGCAACUAAAAGUUAUCAACGGGUGCAUCUGUAACAAUGAUCUCAUUCUUCCCACAUCCCCACAGCCACUGCUGCUGGAGCAUUUCUACAACAGCUGGAGUGAAGAUAGCGGUUCUGCCAGAGUAAAGAAAAAUCGCAUUCCGCGGCGUGUUGGGAGGGGAAGUGUAUGCAACACCAAGGCGAGUAGUGGACUAGCUGGUGUUCAGACGGACGAAUGGAUGAAAACAAUACCGCAUGUGGUAUUGGGUCGUCAUACGCUCUUGCCAUCUGACUACCGACUAAAACACGGGUCCAUCAGUCGGCUUCAAUGCCGUGUUGUUCAUGUCGAAAAUACUGUGUUCCACAGGAAAGUGCUUUCCAAGUUUCCACCCAUGACGUGGGGCGUUCCCUCAGGAACAAACAGUGGUCGCAGUACAACAGGAUAUAAGUGCGGCGAUAAUGGGACAACGAAGUUCGAGGGGCCCUACUUCUGCUUGCUUAACAGCGGUUCUAACCCACUAUAUGUGAAUGAUAGACAGCUUCCACAAGGACGCAGCCAUUGUCUCUGUGAGAAUGACAUCAUUUCGUUUCUGGAGAACCCGUUUGAUGAAGAAGGUGGUAUACUGCAGCCGCUUCGACCAGAGGAUAACGUGAACUCGGGAGCUACGGGACAAAGUGGUUUGACCUACGGUGUGCAUGUUGCUAACGGGGAUGAAAGUAAAUAUUUGUCUUAUAAUCACACCGCUCCCCAACGAUCUAAUGGUUCACCUGGUUGCUCUACAGCCUCGUUUCCGGAAUGUGGAACUACUAUUCCCUCAUUUGUUGAGGUCGGUGGCAAGCGAAUAGCACGCUAUCGGGAGUCGGUUGCUCCACGUCGCCUCCCGCAACCCCUUGACUCGGUGUCGGCAGGAGUUUGUCAGAACGUUGAUGGAGGGUUAUCAGGUUUAUCCCCACCCAAAACGAAUAAUGCACUUAGUUCGCUAGAGGAAGGGAAGGAUUGUAAACUGGAGCAGGACGAACCGAAGUACCUCAGUGAGGUGUAUACUAAAACUCCCACGAAAGGUAUCGACGUUCGCGAAACUCCCGUAGUUGUAUGCCAUGACUACGAUGAAGACAUCACACCACCCAAGGUGUUCAACUGUGACGGCCGCUUUCCAUACGAGAUGACUGGUCACAGUGCAUCCGCUAUUGUUGACGAUACCAUUUCACCUGUGCGACCACGUGUAAUUACGAGGGGAAAUAGAAAUGAUAACAUCCCCACGGAAGUUGAAGAGCCAUGCGUUGUGCUUCCCCCACAACUUCCCGUUUAUGUCUUUUCCAGGCGUAGUCCAAGCCCUGUGGGGCUUACUUGUCGGACGCAGUUUGUUGAACCCAUAAAGGUAUCAAACGGGCUGCAGCGCGAAGGGAGGAGGUCGGUGCAGUCGUCUGUAAAACUGGACGCUGGUGCCAAGAAGGGGAAAGCUAUUAGUGGAAAAUCGUCACUGACGGUCCCCCGACCCCGUAAGCGGAAUAGAUGGUGA